GAUCUACUUGAUCCGCACUAUUCGAUCGUUAAAAAUACGAUCCACAGCUCAUUUGACAACUAGUGCUCGUGUAUACACGCCUUCAUCAAAUCUUAUCGCGCUGAACCAGCUGUCCCUGCCUGCUUUGGUCAUUUUAAUACCCGUUACUAAGUGCAACCAAACGGAGCCGGAACAACAACAACAUUGUCGUUGACGUUAUAUAACAAUCACAAUAAAAAAAAUAGAUCUGUCCAUCAUGAAUCUGGCCGGUAAGGUGGUGCUCAUCACUGGCGCUAGCAGUGGAAUCGGUGCGGCGACCGCACUCAAAUUCUCCCAACUCGGUGCCUCCGUUGCGCUGAGCGGACGGAAAGUGGACAAUCUGAAUGAGGUCGCCAAGCAGUGUGCCGGAGCACCGUUUGUUGUUGCCGGGGACAUUACGAAGGAAGCCGAUACGGAGCGCAUACUGAAGGCGACGCUCGAGAAGUAUGGCAAGCUGGACGUGCUGGUCAACAAUGCGGGCAUCAUCGAGACCGGCACCAUCGAGACGACCAGCCUGGAGCAGUUCGAUCGUGUGAUGAACACAAACAUCCGCUCGGUGUACCACCUCACGAUGCUGGCGGUGCCGCAUCUGAUCAAAUCGCAGGGCAACGUGGUAAACGUGUCCAGUGUGAACGGUAUCCGAUCGUUCCCCGGCGUGUUGGCGUACAACAUCUCGAAGAUUUCCGUCGAUCAGUUCACGCGCUGCGUUGCGCUUGAACUGGCGGCCAAGGGAGUGCGCGUGAACUGUGUAAAUCCGGGCGUAACGGUCACCAAUCUGCACAAGCGCGGCGGAAUGGAUGAGCAGACGUAUGCCAAGUUUUUGGAGCAUUCCAAAAACACGCAUGCCAUGGGACGGCCGGGACAGGCGUCGGAGGUGGCCGAUGCCAUCGUUUUUCUGGCAAGUGACGCUUCGUCGUUCAUCACCGGAGCCAGUUUGCCGGUUGACGGUGGCCGUCAUGCGAUGUGUCCUCGUUAGAGGAUCAACUAUUUACUAUGUAAGAUAAAAAUAUGCAUUCUCUCACCCAUGUGUUACAGUGAUAAAAUUGUUUUACUUCGAAUAAACCGUUCGAAAGAUAAA